CUGUUUGUACAGGCAUUACAUAAAUAGUAUACAAUGACGCGGUGUUUAUUUAGCAGUGAGCCGAUAUCAGUAUAGACAGGGUCGACCACAAGCCUGCAUUGUAUCGUCCAUGCCACCAUUGUGAAGUGUAGUAAUUCCGUGUUUGCUCCGUGUAGAACGCUAUUCUGGUGGACUUAUUAAUACAAGGUCGUUGUGGACUGAUCACUAAACACAAUUGAUGUGCGAAACGACAACGAAUGGCGGAUGGCGCACAAGAAAGCUUACUUCCACAUCUUGAAGAUGGCGCUGCCACGACAACAUUCAAACGUUUUCAGUCGAAGUGUGCAUUAAAAACCGUCCUCAAAAUCAUCGCGACCCUGGUGACCUUAACAACAAUAGCAUGCAUUUUGGUGUAUUAUGGUGCUCCGUACAAAUUUCGUCUGGUAAAGUCUUCAUCUGCAGCAACUAGGCCGACUUCGACGCGGAACUGCAGUAACGUGAUAUCGGGUGCGUCAAAUCAGCAGCCUAUAGGCAGUUGCUGUAAGCUCAAUGUGAAUGUUGAAAAAGGGCCCAAUGAUCGUGUUGUAGCACAUUCCGACUCCACGUCACCUCUCUGUGAAAAGAGCAAGCCAGGGCACGAACGGGAACAGCGUCUGCCUCAGGCCAUUAUCAUCGGUGCCAGGAAGGGUGGGACAAGGGCAUUGCUUACAUUUCUGCGCCUUCAUUCUGCCAUCGUAGCCUCGGAGGAUGAAGUCCAUUUCUUCGACAAGGAUGAGAAUUACUUUGAAGGGUUAGAUUCCUACAGGGACUGCAUGCCUUACUCAAACUGCCAUCAGAUCACAAUGGAGAAGACCCCAGCGUAUUUCACUGAGAAGAAAGUCCCUGAACGAAUCCAUCGAAUGAACAGGAGCAUCAAGUUACUUUUAGUCUUACGUGACCCAACAGAACGGGCCAUUUCCGACUACCUCCAAAUUCGCGAAAAGAAACUAAUGCGGGGUAAACCUGCUGAAAGCUUUGAGAAGCUAGCAAUAAACGCAAAAAAUGGUUUAGUCAGACUGCAUUAUAGCGCCCUCCAACGGUCCAUUUAUCAUAUCUACCUCAGUCGAUGGUUGCAAUAUUUUCCACGGAAUCAGUUCAUGAUUAUUUGCUCAGAAGACUUGGUUGCUGACCCACCAGCAGAACUCAGAACGGUCGAAAAGUUUCUUGGGCUGAAGAACGAAAUCACCUCGGAUGAUUUCUACUUCAAUGAAACUAAAGGUUUCUUCUGUCUAACCAACAUGACCAAGAGGCAUGGCACAGGCUGUCUCUCCAAAUCGAAAGGCCGACCUCAUCCGAAUGUUGACGAGAAAGUCAUAGAGAAGUUACGUGACUUCUUCCGUCCUCACAAUAGAAUCCUCAACAAAAUGAUUGGGAAAGACUGCGGGUGGCCUUAAACUAAAUGGUUAUGGAUAUAUGCGAGAGCUGGGGAGGGGGCUCGAGGUCAAAUUAUCGUUUUGUUUAGUCUAGUUACUCUAAGGAUUCAUGGAUACAUCAGUCUGAUAUAUUCCUCAGACAAGUGUCAAUAGUUUCGAUGUGUUGUCAGAUGAAAGAGACCACCUGGCGACAUUGCGCAGCUGACUUAUCUGGCUCCUGCGUAUCUGAAACCUUUCACUCAGAUGUGACGCUUGGUGGUCAUCGGGAUUUGAUGCUGAUUGAUAUUUCAAGUCCUUCAAGUCCUUCAAUCCUCAAGUCGCAACUAUAUGUCACUCUGUACAUUGGUAAACGUAUUUUAUUAGGUGAUUAUAACAGCAGUUGUGUAAUGUAAUUAACUGAGCGUAUUGUUCGUUACACUGUAAGGAUUGACCAAAAGUAUAUUCAUGUAAUCGACACCCUUCGUGAGACAAUGUGUGUCAAAAGAUGUCAAUAGUGUAUCCUGAGUUUAAUUGAGCGUCAGCGCAAAUUGUUCGUGUUACGGAAGGAUAUCAAUUCAGACCAGUACAGCAGUACUGUCAUGCAGUGCAUGUAAACAGGAAUCCUUCCGACUUCAUUCAUUCCAAUAAAUAUAGCUCUCAAUGAGAAUCAAAACGUCAAAUUGUUAUCAUUCCGAAUAAAUGAGUUAUUAUUAA